AUGACCGUCACACCCAGCACAACAGCAGGCCCAAAACCGGGUGAUGCCACAAACGGCGAUGCCGUUCCCCCCUCAGGACCCCUGAGUCAGGCUCAGUUGGCCAUCAUCAAGGCCACCGUGCCGGUCCUCCAGGCACAUGGCGAGACCAUCACGAAGGUCAUGUACGACAACAUGAUCGGCGCCAACCCCGAAAUGCACAACAUCUUCAGCACCAGCUCCCAGGUCACAGGGCGACAGCCACGCGCCCUUGCCCGCGCCGUGCUCGCAUACGCCAUAUACAUCGAUGACCUGCCCAAGCUGGCACACGCCGUCGAGCGCAUAGCGCAGAAGCACGUCAGCCUGUUCAUCCAGCCGGAGCAGUACGACAUCGUGGGCGGUCACCUGAUAGGCGCCAUCGGCCAGGUCCUGGGCGACGCGGCGACGCCCGAGAUCGUGGAAGCCUGGACGGCGGCGUACGGGGUGCUCGCGCAGGUCUUCAUCGACAGGGAGCGUGAGCUGUACAAGGCCGACGAGAACUGGACGGGCUGGCGCAAGUUCCGCAUCGCGAGGAGGGCCAGGGAGGCCGAGGGCGUCGCGAGCUUCUACCUGGAGCCCGUGGACGGCGCGGCGCUGCCGCGGUUCCUGCCGGGGCAGUACAUCAGCCUGCAGGUCUUUGUGAAGCACCUGGGCUACAACCAGAGCCGGCAGUACAGCCUGAGUCAGGCGCCCGACGCCGCAGGGCGGUCCUACCGGAUCAGCGUCAAGAAGGAGCGCGACGACCAGGCGGUCGUGGACGGCCUGAUCUCGAACAUGCUGCACGACGGGUACAAGGAGGGCGACGUGGUCGAGCUGUCGCACCCGCACGGCGAGUUCUUCCUGGACCCGUCGGAUGUCUCAAAGGAGGGCGCCCCCGCCGUGCUCAUCUCUGCCGGCAUAGGCGCCACGCCGCUCAUGUCCAUGCUCCACGCCCUGGCGCAGCCCUCGGCAGUCAAGAGGCCGGUCUCGUGGAUCCACACCUCCCGAUCAAAGGCUACACAGCCGUUUGCGGACGAGGCGGUGGCGACCGUGGAGCAGGGCGCCAUCAAGGACAGGGCGUCGGCGCACGUUCACCUGAGACAGGGGCUCGACGGGAAAGGGAAGCCACGGUUGGACAUUGCGGCCCUUUCUCGGGAAGGCAAGCUGUUUGUGAACGACCCAAGGGCUGAGUACUUCAUCUGUGGUCCUGAGAAAUUCAUGUUGGACGCGAGGAAGACCUUGGUGGGUCUCGGUGUCGACAAGAGCAGGGUCUAUUUGGAGCUAUUUGCCACUGGAGAUGUUGCCGACGACGCUUAG